AUGAAAUUUGGUGAUAAUUUACCUCAUUUAUCAAUCCCACAAUGGAAAAGUUAUAAUUUAGAUUAUAAUAAUUUGAAAAGUCAAAUUAGAUCCAUCACUAAAUCGAAAAGUUCCACUAAUAAUGAUUUAUCAUCUUUAAAACAAUCAUUUAUUGAAAAUUUUGAUUAUAUAAAUUUAUUUAUUGAAACUAAAUAUGGUGAAUUAACUCGAAAAUUUAUAUGUCUUGAAAAUCAAUUUAAAUUUAUCAACAACAAUUCUAGUGGCAGUGGUAGUAUUGAUACUAUAUUGAUUCAAUUGGAUGAACUAUUUUAUCAAACUAUUGAAUUAUCAAUUGAAUUGAAAAAUCUUUCGAAAUUUAUCAUUAUUCAAAAAAUUGCCAUCAAAAAGAUUUUCAAAAAAUUUUUAAAAUAUUAUCCUCAUAAACAACAAGCUAAAGAAUUUGUAUUAAAUUUAAAACAAUAUUAUUUAGAUCAUUCCAAAAUUAAAAAUUUAAAUUCAUUAACGUUGAAAUUAACUAAUUUGAUCAAUAUUAUUAAAUAUGAACGGAAAUCACAACAAGUGCAAUAUCAACAAUACCGUCAGACUCAAAAUAAAACCCACAAUCAACAUGAUGCAAAUCUAAGGCGAAAUAAUUCAUUAUUUAGUAUAACUUCAACAAUUAUGACAAGUUCAGAUUAUCAGAAUUCAAUUUUGCCACCAAAACCUGCGACCAUCACCACCACCACCAAUGGAGUUACCACUCUGAAUAAUUUACCUAUACAACAAACUCCAACUUCAAAUGAAUCAUGGUAUGAUUUGAGUUUAUUAUUGAAAAAGAAUUUCCAUAUUCAUUGUUUAAUUCAUGAAGAUGCAAUUAAUGAUUUAAAGAUAAAUUUCAAUUUAUAUUAUCAAUUGAAACCAAUUAAUACUGAUUCUGAUAAUGAUAAUUGGAUUUCAUGUACAUAUUUGACUCGAGAUUAUUUAUUGGAUGAUGAUCCUGCUUAUAUUUUAACUCAUAAAAAUAAUGAUCAUUCAAUUAUAGUGGCUCCUAUUGGUGGAUUAAGACGAUUUUCUUAUUGUAUAUUACCUAAUAAUAUUGUUCAAAUAUUAAUUUAUCAUUUAAAUGAUAGAUCAAAUGAAAAUUAUAAACAAGAAUUGUUAGAAUUUUUCCAAAAAUUGUCUUCACCAAGUUUAUUAACCAAGAAAACUAUUGAUUUUAUUGUUUCUAAUGAUUUUAAACCAAGUUUAAAAUUAUUUUGUAAACGAUCAAGAUAUUUAAUUGAACCAAAUGAUGAAAAUGAUGAAAAUGGAAGUGUUGUUAUAGAUAGUGAUUAUACUGAUGGUAAAACUACUGGCACUGGCAAUGGCAAUGGCAAUGGCAAUGGCACUGGCACCACAAACAAUAAAUCAUCUGGUGAUGAUUCAAUUGAUAAUGAUUAUUUGAUUACUUUAGAUAGUGAUAUUAUGACAACAAAUAAAUCACAAUAUGUUAAUGAUUUAACAUUUUUUCUCAAUGAACAAGAAUUGAAUCAAUUAGAUAUUUUCCCUCAUGGACAUAUUACAAUUUCAUCAAAUGAUAUAAAUUUAUCUAAUUUUGAAAAUUCUUUAAUCACAGAAAUUGAUUUACCAGACAAUAAAAAUGGUGCUACUGGUGGUGGUGCUACUGGUGGUGGUUCUGGUGGAGGUAUUAUUAAAAAUCAUCAUGAUAAUUUAAGAAAAUUACCUAAAAAAAUUCAAACAAUUUUAAAUAAUAAUCCUAGUUUAACAUUAUUUAAACAAUUGAAUUUUUAUCAAUAUCAAUUAUCAUGUUAUUAUAAUAUUAUUCCUCAAGGUGAAUUAAUUAAUAAUCAUUAUAAUAAUUUAUUAAAUUUAAAUUUAUUGAAAAAUUUUGAAGAUUUACAAACUAUUAAUGAUCAAACCAAUCAAGAACAUGAAUUAAUUGAAAGAAAAUCGAAAAAUAUUUUGAAUCAUAAAAUGUCACUUUGUUCAUUAUCAACUCCUCUUAAUGAUCCUUUGGGGAGAGAUAGACAAUUACAAUUACAAUUACAAUCAAAUUCAAGAAGAAAUAGUAGUAUUUUUGAACGAACAAAACGUACUGACGAAGAAGGAGAAGAAGAUUAUGAUGAUGAUGGUUAUGGUUAUGAUGGAUAUGAUGGAUAUGACGAUGUUGAUGAUCAAAUUAGUUUAUCAUUGAAUGAAUUAAUUAAUCAAGAUGAAGAUAUUUUGAUUCAUCAUUUAAAACAUCAACAACAACGGAAAUUAUAUCAUCAAAAUAAUAAUAAUAAUAAUAACUAUCAUAAUCAUAAUCAUAAUUAUGUUAUCCCAACAUUUAUUGAUAAAUUAUUAAUUUGGAAAAAUAAAUUUUUCGCAUCAACAAUUGGCAAUACCACCUAUUUAAAGAAACCUUUUGCUAAUGGUAAUAAUAAAGUUUAUGAAAAUCCAUUUUUCCUUACUAAUGAAGAAGAAGAUGAAUUUGAUGAAGUUCCAUUAGAUCCAUAUACUAAAUUAUUAUCAUUAUAUCAUCAUCAACAACAUCAUCAAAGUCUUGGUCACAAAGGUUCUGAUUCUAAUUAUUAUCAUUAUAAUAAUAACUCCACUUAUGAUUCAAUUAAUGAAGAUCCAUUACCACAAUUAUUAUCAUCAUCAUAUCAAAAAAGAAAUGAUUAUCAAUUAUUUUAUGAAUUCAAUUAUGAUCAAACAUUAUCAUAUAUUUAUUUCACAUUAAAUAUCAUUUCAUUAUUUUUAUCAGGAAUUCAAUUAGGUAUAUUCAUGUCAAUUCUUCAAAAACCUGACCUUAACAGUGGUGGUGGUGGUAGUGAUAUUGAUUAUCAAUUUCUUAUUCGAGAUAAUAUUGGAUUAAUUGUAAUUUUAACAUUAGGUAUUAUAACAAGUUUAAUAUUUGGAUUAAUUAGUGUUAAUUUAUUGAUUCAAAGAUUUAAUCAACCUCCAAUGUUUCAUAUAUUGAUUGUUUGGGGUGGAUUAUUGAUUAAUUUGAUUUGUUGUAUUUGGAGUGGAGUUUUAUUAAUUGGAUGUAUAUAA